AUGCAGCGCAUAACGUGCUUCCAGGCAUGGCUUCAAGGCUGGCUUCAAGCCACUGCAAGACGCAACGCGAUGGACGACUACCGCUGCAUCCAGGAGAUCGGCGUCGGCGCUCAUGCCACCGUCAACCUCGCGGUCGCCUUGUCCUGCGACCACGUCAUCGCGCUCAAAAUGAUCCCUCUCUCAACGGCAGACCCUUGCACACCAUGA